CAUGACAUGAUCCCGGCCACUACCCAGUGACCAAACCUAAAAGUAGAGGGAUAGACCAUUUCAGGGACAGGCCUGAUUUGUAAUUUAGUGAGCGACAGUAGACUACAACGGCCCUGCCUACUAGCAACUGUAAUAACGUAAAUCAGAUGCAAAUUUAGGCCUUAGUUAUCCUCAGUGCAACAGAAUUGGCAACAGUGGUUUGCUUGAUCUCAGCCGCUUUUACAGCAAGGUUUUGAGAAUUGUGAAAUAGAGUAAGGGGGGGGCUCUAAAUAGACAUCUGUCUUAUCUCUCUUUGCCCCAACCAUCUCUGUUCCCUAAAAAUCCGGCCUACGGUCCAGCCUGGUAGUGAGGGGACGCUCUCACUCUGGGUCUGUAACCCUCCGGUAGCUGACCAGACACCCCGCUGGUUAGUUGGGCGAGAAGCCCUUCCUAAGCCCAGCCCGCAGGUGCCACCAUUUGGCGGCCCUGCUGAAUCGGCCACUUGAAGCCGCUGCACGUGAUCACGGUUCGCGAGUGCAAACCCCUUCCCCGCUUUUCUCUGGAAUAGCGCGGUUUGGCUGGCGCGUCCUAGUUUCUCUAGUGGACAGUACCGCAAGCCAGUGUGAUAUUAUUCAGCUGGUCUUGAGCGACCCGGUACACCACAGGCUUGUUCCAGCAGGCUUGGUAAGAAGCCUGAGAAGAAGCCAUGGCAGCUACUAGAGUCUUCACUGAGGAUGGCUGGGAGCUGCUGCAAAAUAAAAACUGGUUAGAGUGCGCUCUCGAUUCUUUCUGUAAAGGGCCUAACCCUUGGAAAUCUAAUGUAUUCAGGGGGGAGGAUCCUUUGAAUGAGCUGUGUGUAUUGUGGGAAAAGUUUGUAAAAACUAAACCUGUUCCCAAAAGGAAGACACAGAAAAGUGCUUUCAUUUAUGCCUUAGCCACUGUCAGCAAUGAGCUUAGUGCUCAGGUUAAGGAGUUGAACAUCCAGUUCAAAGAGUUUGAGUCUAUAAAAGAUCAAUUGGACAGACAACAUUUCAAAUUGGAGGCUGUGGAAAUUCAAAAUGCAAAGCUAGAGGCUCAGCUUGCAGCAGUCAUGUCACAGUGUGACCAAGCUGAGGACAGCCUCAUAGAAAAGGUUGCUGCCUUAAAUGACUCACAGGCUACGGUGAGGCAGCUGCUUAAGGAGGCAGGCACGCCUAAGCCAGGAGUGGCCAACCACACCAGCUGCCAGAGGGAAAUUGCCAACCUGUGCCUGCAAGUCAGCAAGGCAAGAGGAGUCGUUUCAGCAGUCAGCCCUGGUUAUCCAGCUGACUGGCUGAACUCUAAUGGAGGUUCUGAAGUCCCACCCCUUGAUUGUAAUCAAGGAGGGGAAGGGAAUAUGGCUCCUGUAAUAGUAACCGAGGUCCGACAACCAGGGCAGAGUCAGCCCACUAUUAAAUAUGAACGAAAAUCUUUAUCUCCUGAACAAGCCAGAGUUCUGGGCAAGAACCUAGGUAAAUGCUGCAAAGAGAUAGCUUUGAAUUGGAUGGCAAAAGUGGCUGCCACCCCAGAUUUAACACCAGAGGAUACGGUUACUCUGAUGAGGGAGUGCAUGUCAUUGGAAGACAUGACGGCAUUGCCUUAUGGUGUGGUUAACGGUGCUAAUCCAGAACUCAUAAAUUUGUAUAAAGCUGUAUACCAUUUAUACUUCCCCAACGAGGAUGUAAUGGGAAAAUUGUAUUCAGAUGUGUUAUCUGAAGGGGAGAGACCAGAAUUGUAUGUGAUGAAAAAAAGAUGUUACAUUGGCUUGCUGGGUUAGGUAUUCUUGUUAAUGGUGCCAUAAAUUAUGAUGUUUUGGGAUUUAAGAGACUGUUGUAUCAGGGUCUGUGUCCAUCCCUGAAGAUAGCUUUGGGGUCUUUUGAUUUUGGGAACACCCCACUGGUUGAGUUUGAACGAAAACUCCAAGAGGUCUUUGAGCUGCUGCAGCAAAGGCAGUGCAUUAAACCUAAAAAGGUAGCAGCUCUA